CAUGAAAUGUACAGGGCAUGUACAGGGGCAGCGCCAUAUUGACAAUAGGCGGCUGCACUUGGUGAAAAUGGAGGUUUUUUAAGUGUAAUAAAUCGUGUACUAGCAGACAGCGGCAAUGGUGAACGUUCUGAAGGAGUGCAUUAUCGAGUGGUUGUGGCUAUAAGUCGCCGGGGCGUCUCGAACCGCAGCGGAUCGUGCCUGUUGUGUGCAGCAGAGAACUAGCGAAGGCUCGCAGUGGCCGCUAAUCCCCUUAGAAGGCCGUCAUAGAGGCUUCUUUAAUCUUAUUAACGGUAACUAGAUUUAUUUCGAGACUAAAGAGAAUAUAAGAGCAUGUCAGUGGUCAAAGUUAAUCACCACACCCAGCUUACUACGAUGGUGAUGGUGGCCGUAUUCGUUGCCGUUGCGGGAAGUGUCAAAUUGUAGGUGUGUGUUUUUCGCGAUAUUGCAGGACGCGGCGUGAAUGAGUAUCGUGGCCCCAUCAAGUAGUCCACGACCAUGCAGUGUUGUCAGUCAGAUGAGGCUCGGGAACAGAAGAGAAUUAACGCCGAAAUCGAGAAACAACUUCGUCGAGACAAGCGAGAUGCCAGACGAGAACUUAAAUUGCUACUUCUCGGAACUGGUGAGUCUGGCAAGUCCACUUUCAUCAAGCAAAUGCGAAUUAUCCAUGGUGCAGGUUACUCAGAUGAAGAUAAAAGAGGUUUUAUCAAACUCGUCUACCAAAAUAUUUUUAUGGCCAUGCAGAGUAUGAUUAAAGCUAUGGACCUUCUUAAAAUACAAUAUGGUGAUUCCUCCAAUCAGGAAAAAGCAGAACUGAUUAAAGGCAUUGACUAUGAAACUGUGACUACUUUUGAGAGUCCAUAUGUCGAGGCUAUUAAAGAUCUCUGGGCUGAUGCAGGUAUUCAAGAAUGCUACGAUCGGCGCAGGGAGUACCAACUUACAGAUUCUGCCAAAUACUAUCUGGAAGAGAUAGAUAGAGUAGCGGCGCGGUCCUACUUGCCUACAGAGCAGGACAUCUUACGUGUGAGGGUGCCCACUACAGGCAUCAUCGAAUAUCCUUUCGAUCUCGACGAGAUCAGGUUUAGUUACCUUAGUGACCUGGAGCGCAUUAAAGAUCCCGAGUACUUGCCGACCGAGCAGGACAUCCUGAGGGCGAGGGCGCCCACGACGGGAAUCAUCGAGUACCCAUUCGAUCUCGACUCCAUUAUUUUUAGGAUGGUAGAUGUAGGGGGACAGAGAUCUGAAAGAAGAAAAUGGAUCCAUUGUUUCGAAAACGUUACUUCCAUCAUCUUCCUAGUAGCUUUAAGUGAAUAUGACCAGAUUUUAUUUGAAUCUGAAAAUGAGAAUCGUAUGGAAGAAUCGAAGGCACUCUUCAAAACAAUUAUUACCUACCCGUGGUUUCAGCAUUCGUCUGUAAUAUUAUUCUUAAAUAAAAAAGAUUUAUUAGAAGAAAAAAUUAUGUAUUCGCAUCUCGUUGAUUACUUUCCUGAAUAUGAAGGUCCACAACGAGAUGCGAUAGCAGCUAGGGAAUUUAUCCUAAGAAUGUUUGUAGACCUGAAUCCCGACAGUGAAAAAAUCAUAUACUCACAUUUUACUUGUGCCACAGAUACGGAAAAUAUAAAAUUCGUGUUUGCGGCAGUGAAAGACACAAUAUUGCAGUCGAAUCUUCGUGAGUACAACCUAGUCUAGUACUACUUACCCUGGUCUAGUACUACUUAUCCUGGUCUAGUACUAUCCUGGAGGUUUGUUUCGCUAAAGGUGCCCCCGGCCUAUCUCCAGGCAGGGUUGGAAAAAACGUUUCCCUUUGUUUUAAGCAUGUUCGCAUUACUUUUUAACAGUAUGUUUUUCCAUUGUGUUUUAUGAUAACACGGUAGUAAAAACAUGCAUUUUGUAAGGAACACGUGUUAAAACGGAUCGAAAACGAGAAAAAACCUGUCUCCAACCAAAUGCAGCCGUAGCCGGGACCAAAAAAUGUGAAAAUGUGAUUUGUCCGUCAUCGUUUAGUCCACGGGUCUUUUUAGAGAAAAAGCUGAAUAAACUCACAUAAAAACGUGAAAAAAUUUAUGUGUCCAACUGUGUGUUACUGAACACUUAGCAUAGUGUGCCAUUGGUGAAGAUCGAUGGAUUUUUUUAAAACAGUGCGACAAGCAAAAAACGUGACUAUUCAUUUUACUGGGUGUGACGUUAGUUUUCACUUUUACAUCAAUUUAGCGUACAGAAAGAUUCCUUAUUUCUUAUAAAAUGUAUACAGAAAAAAUUAUAUCGAAAAAUGAUUGUUACUGAUAAUUAUCAAGAAAAACAGUGGUCUUUUAAAUGUGGCCAUUAAUACCAUUUAAUUUAUAAAACUGAGGAUAGGUUUCACAGAAAAUUCAAAAUUUCCAGCUUAAUUUAAUUGGUUUUAAUUAAAAAUAAGUUAAUUUACCAAAACAUGUCUUUAAAAAUUUGAACGGUUUGUUUUAAAAAUAUUCUUGUGAUGCAUUAGAAUAGUUUAUCAGAAAAAUAAGAAGUUAUGAUCUUUGGAUGUUUAUUUUUAUAAUACAUACACUCCGACCAGAAUGUGAAUACUAUGUGAGCAUACUUUAUCUGCCUCCUUUAUAGUCAAAUUCUUGAGCUCUGUCCACUAUACCUAGUGGAUAAAGGAUUUGUCCAUAAAGGAGACAUAGAAAGUUAUCACACAUCUAUUAGUAUUCUGGUCGGAUUGUACUUAGAGAUCUUUUUAACAAGAAACUAAUAAAGCUUUUUUGUUUCUUUAGCAUCUAUUGGAAUUGUAAUAUGUUCGUUACAUCUAAAUAUAACAGACAAUAAUUAUUGGCUUGCUUGUUUAACUAUUAAGACUUCAUUUUUGUAAUAUUAAUGUAAAAAAUUAAUUUAACCUUUGAAUAUAUUGUAAUCUAUUGUUUUUUACAUCAAUAAUAACUUUAGUUGCAGAAAAGUCUACUGGUUUCGAUAAACCUGUUAAUAACAUAUCAAUAUUUAAUAUUUUGAAACUGCUGAUUUGAAUAAAAAUAGAAGGCUAUCGAUCUAAUUAUAAAAAAAUAUACUCUUUUUUGCAACAAAAGCUAAAGCUUUUUAUUUGUUGUGAUAUUUGAAUACAGUUUUCUACUCCAGUCAAUAAAUAUAAUUAGAAAAUAAAAAGUAAAAGAGUUUAUAUUUAAAAAUUUAUUGAAAAAACUCUAUAAUUUAUUAAAAUUCCUUAAAUUACUACAUUAAAAUCACAGAACGUUUUAGAUCUAAAAAGAUCAUCAUCAGUGCUGAUACAGGUUAACCACAUGCCGAGCCACCAAAAAUACUUGUGUAUAAACCGUUUAAAUGUUUUAAAAAUGUUAAAUUUACAUGAUUAUGUAUAAUUACAAACGAUUGAUAAAAUUGUGCUAGAUAUGACCCUUAGCCAUCGCAUGACUCCCCACACGAUACGUAGCUUGCUGAUCUGAUGGAUAUGUCCUUACAUUACAGACGAUGGUUGUCAACGCAACUUAGAAUUAUAGAUUAUAUAGUAGAACCCGGCAAAUCCGAACCAACAGAAAGUGAACAAAAUUUAAAAAUUCACGACAAAAACUUAAAAACAUGUUCAUUAUACAGAGUAAUACCAGAAAUUGAACAAUGUAGGAUUAAUAGGGCUUUGACAUUGAAAAUUUCUUAAAAAUGAAUAUGUACUUUAGAUGUAGUGCUUAUAAAGGUUACAUAUAUAAACUUACUUCAAUUCUCUUGCAGUCAAAAAUAUUGUCCAUACUCUUACGAGAACGUUUUGCGACUCCAAAUCAAAGACAACGAAAGCUUGGAAUUAUUAGUUAGGCUAACUUUCGGAUAAUCCUAACUUUUCGGAAUCCGAACAGGCUAUCUCCCCAAUUAGUUCGGAUUUGCUGGGUUCUACUGUAUACAUAAUAAUGUAUAAACAUAUUUCUAAAACAUUUAAAGGGUUUAUAUCACAAGUAUUUUUUAUGGCUCAGCAUGUGGUUAAACUGUAUCAGCACUGACAACCAUCUUUUUAGGUUCAAAACGUUUUGUGAUUUUGAUGUAGUCCUUGAAUGGAUUUUAAUAAAUAAUAUACCUUCUAUAAAGGAUUUUCAAUACAUUUUUUGUGAUGAAUGGUAUACAGACAGCUACAGAAAUUUUUUUCCUUGUGGAUUUUGAAUUUUCAAAUAAUUUUUAUGCAUUUAUGUUUGUUAUGCUUAUGAGACAGAUAUUUAUGUUCUGUUUCUUGCAUCUGCUUAUAAGAACUGCCGAUCUUUCUUAUAAUUGAGAGCUGAAUUUUUGUAAAACUGUUAUCUAAAGCCACGCCCAACUGGUAUUGUUAUAUAUAAUAUAUUAAAUUAAUGUAGAAAAUAGGAAGUAAGGAAACUAAAUUUUUUUGGUCCGGUACUUUUUUAAAAAAAUGUUUUUAAAAAGGCCAAAAUGGAGAGAUGCUUUUAUUUUGGCUCUCAAACUAGUCUGAAGCAUAGUGAUCGUAGUAGAUUUUCAUGGAGAAGAGGCUCUUGUACACUUUUUUUUUAUUAAUUUAUUCCUAAAUCUCAUGUUUUCCAAUGUUUUUUUCGUCAAAACCUACUACAUCGCUAAUCUCAAACAAUUUUUGACAUUUAUAUUGUAUCUUUAACGUUAAUCACCAUGUGUUAUGAGAGAUUUUGUUGAAACAUUGAUUGGCUACGAGGAAAAUUUCACAUGACCAAAAGUUACCAAGAAGAAACUUGAGUGUUGAGAGAAAUAUGUCCUGUAGACCUACAAUGGGCCAAUGCCUUUAUAUGCAAUAUGUUUUGUUGUAUUUGAUACUAAAAGUUGUGCAUUUUACCUUUAAUAUAGUAAGCCAGCUGGUGAAUACAGAUAAAUACUACAUAGCAGCAAUUUUUUGUGUAAACUUUUAAUACAUAUGUAACACAAAUAAAUAUGUACUUUUUUCUACCCUCUGUCGACACAAAAAAUUAAAAAAAACUUUUAAUUCAAAAUUUUGAUAUAUAAAAAACAUGUUAAAAUAUACAUUUUGUAUUUAGUUUGCAUUUUAUAUUGUUUUCUACAAUCUAAAUUAAACGCUGAUCUUUUUUUUGCCUUUGAUCAGGAAUAUCAGAAUCUGAUUAAUUCUAUCAGAUUUAUGAACCGAAUUUACAUCACUACUUACUAUACACUUUAACAAACACAACACUGCUCAUUUUAAUUUAAUUUAACCUUCGAGCGGGCGCGUUGUCGUAAAUUUUACGACGAAACACGUGAUCUGACCCCCUGCUCAUAUUAGACAGUCUAGCCUCUAGCGCGUCGAGUUUCUGUAUUUGUGAGACUCUGAAUGUUCUUAAACUAACAAUGUAUCGGGUGUAAGCACAGAUGUUUGAUAUCGACAAAAUUUCCUGGAAAAUGGAUAAUCAUCAUCACAUAGCGGUACAACUAGUCCAAGAGGCAGCGCUGAAAAAUCUCUUUGAAUUUACUAAAGCUACAUUUUUUACAGUUGAUUACUGUGAUUGUGUAGAGAAACAUACUGCGGUCGGUCAAGCGAAACGUAGAACAGGGGUUACUGAGAGGGUAUCAAAGUUGCUUUCCUACGAAGGUAAUUAAAUCCAUUUACUAAGGCUGAAAAUCAGUACACACAUUCUAAAUUAAAUAUAAAUAAUAGUUAUUAUAGUCGGUCAGCUGUAUGGCGGGACAGAACCGGUCGGUCGGCCCCAGUGAAUGUACAGGGUUAUUCACUAUAUUUUGACCCCCUUGUAAACUGCUUUAUUUACAGAAUUUAGAAAAAAAUGUAAAAUACAAAAGUUAUUCGAUUUUUAAUUUAUGAUUUUCUGACAUAUAUAUUGUACUAGUGACGUCAUCCGUUUGGGCGUGAUGACGUAAUCUACUAUUUUUUUAAAUGGGAAUAGGGGUCGAGUGCUGGCUCAUUUGAAAGGUUAUUCAAUUCCUUAUUCAGUAAUAUAAACAUUAACAUGAUUAAUUAUACAAGGUGCCAAAAAUUUUUUGUUAAUUAAAUUAAUUGUUUAAUUAAUAAUUCAAAAAGGUUUUUUGGACACCCUGUAUAAAUAAUUAUCUUAAUGUUUAUAGUACUGUAUAGAGAAUUGAAUAACCUUCCAAAUGAGCUAGCACACGACCCCCUAUUCUUAUUUAAAAAAUAGUCGAUUACGUCAUCACGCCCAGAUGGAUGACUUCACUAGUAACAUAAUGUCAAAAAAUCAUAAUUAAAAAAUCGAAUAAUUUUUGUAUUUUACAUUUUUUUCUAAUUCUGUAAAUAAAGCAGUUUACAAGGGGGUCAAAAUAUAGUGAAUAACCCUGUACAUUCAUUGGGGCCGACCGACCGGCUCUGUCCCGUCAUAGAGCUGACCGACUAUAAUAACUUUUAUUUAUAUUCAAUUUAGAAUGUGUGUACUGAUUUUCAGCCUUAAUAAAUGGAUUUAAUUACCUUCGUAGGAAGGCAACUUUGAUAUCCUCUCAGUAACCCCUGUUCUACGUUUCGCUUGACCGACCGCAGUAUGUUUCUCUACACAAUCACAGUAAUCAACUGUGAAAAAUCUAGCUUUAGUAAAUUCAAAGAGAUUUUUCAGCGCUGCCUCUUCGUCUAAACCCUGGAUGGGUCCUGGCUGACUGUACAACUUUUUUCCAAUUUGUUCGGUCUUUUAUCAACCUAGGGUUAAAUGGAAUGUUCAUUUUCGGGAGAUCUGCUUGGAUGUUAUCUCUCCAUCGCAUUCUGGGACGUCCGAGUGGUGUUUUGCCUGUAGGAAUCUCCUCCCAUACCAGUCUGACAAGUCUCUCGUUAUGAAGUUUAUGCAAGUGACCUGCCAUCUUAGUCGCUGUAAUUUAAUUUCUUGGACAAUAUCGGCAUCAUUGUAGAGUGCUUUUAAUUCGAUAUUAGUUCUGAUCCUCUACUGGUUUGUGGUGGGUCCGAAAAUUUGAAGUAUUUUUCAUGGAAAAUGAAUCCCGACACGAAAAAACCUCAUGUUAUACUAGAUUACAAUGAAACGAAAGGUAGAUUGGGCACUGGAGACAAGAUCUGUACCGUUUACUUGGCCUGUAGGGUAACAAAGAGAUGGCCCUGUGUAGUUUUCUAGUCUGACAAAUAUUGACGACAUAAAUGCUCAAAUCUUAUACACAUUGACAUGUUCAGCCCAAGCUCCUAAAUAACGAAGAAUUUUCUUGAAAAAUUUAGCGUUGAGCCUAAAGAAAGAGCAUCUUAUCUUCAGAUCAACCCUCAAAUAUUUACCUCAAGAUACAUGUCCUUUUCUCAAGGUCACUUAUGGUCGGGAGGUUUGACCUACCGAAGGACAAAAUAGAAACCCUAGAAAAAACACGUAAAAUUUAAGACACGCGCUCACUUAUGUGAUAAUAAUGGGCACGCCCGCUGGAAGGUUAAACAAUGAUUUUAACUUUUUUUAAGGUUUGUUUUAUCUAAAACUCUGCAUCAGAGUCAUUACAAAAUAUUUUAAAUUAUAUCCAAUAGCCUUGUUAGUUUUUUUACUUUUACUAACAUUUUUAUUCUCUUAACAUGUUUUUGAAUGAAAUCUUUAUAUUAGUUUCAUACAUAAAAUAUAUUUCUUUAAGGAAUUCUAUAAUUUUUUACCAUCGAAAGAAUGAUUCAUUAACAAAGACCAAAUAAAAAAUGUGAUACUCUGCUUUGUAGUAAAUAUUUGCAACAAAUGUUUACCAUAGCAUUUGGCCUAUGACAGUUGCGUUAAAUUACUGUUUAUAUAUAUAUAAUUUUAAGUAUUCAUUGUAUAUUGUACAGUAUGUGUCAAAACUUAUUUGUUAAUUAGCUGUUUUUAUGUUGCCUUGUGUUCGGUGUACUUCAGGAAAUUAACAAUGUGAUUACAUAAAGGCACAUAUCCACUAUUUUCGCGAACCUCUUGCGCUCUGUGCUCCCUGCAACUGCUCCAAUCAAUACGGCAUGCGCUCCUCUACAUACACUUCUCCAAGAAGUUAACGCACCACCUUAAAAAUGGGCCAUUUUUGAUGUCUCGAAUUUCCUAAAUAUGUUGUCCGGUCUGAUGUUAUAGCUUUAUACAUUAAAAAUAUCGCUGUAAUAAUAUUGUUGCUAGACAGGUAAAUUGUCAUUGUAUACCGGGUGUACCAAUCAAACUGUGAUUUUUUCUCAAAGUUCGCAUCACACUGUGGAAUAUUCUAGCAUUUAUAAAUUACUGAAAUUAAAAUCAAACUAGCCUCAUGUUUUCUUAACAUUCUGUUUUUUGAUUCAUUCGUUUAUGUUGGACAAUAAAAAAGUUAGGUACUUUAACAACUGGCUUUGUUUUUCGUCAAUACAGGGUGUUUUUAAAUAAACAUCGCAAACUUUAAGGGGAAAUUCUGCAUGAAAAAAUAAUGGUUAAGGUUUGUUUUAUAAACUUAUGUCCGCAAAUGCUUCGUUUCCGAGGUAAGGAGUGGAAUUUUUUGUUAUAUACUGACGAUUUAUUUAUUGCUCUAAAACCGGUUAAGAUAAGCAAAUGAAACUUUGUGGGUUUUAAGAGGUAGUUAUUGCGCAUUUUUUGACGUACAAUUAAGAAUUUUAUGUUCACUAUUGGCACACAUAAGGGCCAUAUUACCCGUAUGCGCGCCAAUGGUGAAUAUUAAAUUCCUAAUUGUGUAUCAAAAAAUGCGCAAUAACUACCUCUUAAAACCCACCAAAUUUCAUUUGCAUAUCUUAACCGGUUUUAGAGCAAUAAAUAAAUCGUCAGUUUGUAAGUAACAUUUAACACCCCCUAUCUCGGAAACGAAGCAUUUGCGGACAUACGUUUAUAAAGCAAACUGUCAUUAUUUUUUCAUGCAGAAUUACCCUUUUAAGUUUGCCAUACUUAUUUAAAAGCACCCUGUAUUGAUGAAAAACAAGACCAGUUGUUAAAAUACCUAACUUUUUUAUUAUUCAACAUAAGCGAAUGGAUCAAAAAACAGAAUGUUAAGAAAACAUGAGACUAUGGUUGGGUUUUAAUUGCAGUAUUUUAUAAAUGCUAGUAUAUUCCACAGGGUGACGCGAACUUUUAGAAAAAAUUACAGUUUGAUUGGUACACCCGGUAUACAAUGACAAUUUACCUGUUUAACAACAAUAUUAUUACAGCGAUAUUGUUAAAGAAUAAGACUAUAACAUAUUUAAAAAAUCACUUAAAUUGGACAACAGGUUUAGGGAAUUCGAGACAUCAAAAAUGAUUAAUUUUUAAGUUGGUGCUUUAAUUUCUUGGAGAAGUGUAUAAACCGACACCGAUUGGCGCGCUGAAGAAGAACGCGCACCGUUGCACGAUCCGGUAGCGCGUACGUAUCCACUAUGUGGAGCAGUUACAGGAGCGCGGAGCACAAGAGGAGCGCGAACAUAGUGUAUAUGAGGUGUGUAAAUGCAAAACUCGCCUUAUGGAAGCUAUACUCUUGUGAGAUAAUCAAUAAAAAUGUUUCUUUAACGUUAUAAAAAGAGAGCUUUGCAUAUUUAUCUGAUUUUUACGUCACAAAAUAGCCGGUAAGGAGACAGUUUUGCAAAUAUUUGGUAAGUUUUUCUAAAUGUACGUUGGUGAAUGAAUUUUAAACUACAAUCAAGUCAUAUUUGGUAUUUUUUGCAAAAAGCGAGUUUUGCAUUUAUACGCCUCAUAUGUGCCUCUAUAUUUAUACGAACCUGCAUUUGAUAUACUAAUAGUUAUAUAUUUUAAAUUGUUUAUAUUUUGUGGUUACACAGUUGUUGUUUUUAAGUACUGUAUAAUAAAUUAUUUGAGUAAAUAUAUAUUAGCUUGUGAAUAAUAAUUUCCUGGAUUGCAAUGACAUAAAAUAUUCUUGUCUAAAGUAAUUGGCCCGAAUGUAUGAAAGUCCCUGCAUGGAAAUUUCUUGUCACUCUAAGAAUGGCGGGAAAUUGCCUUGAACGAGAAAGAAAGAGAGAACGUGCAAAUGCAAAUCUUGCUUUCUUUGCGUAUUUGUUCAGUUAACAUACUAUACUAAUGGCAAUUUAAAAAAUAUAUAGGAGCUUGGUUUUUUGUGGGUAUGAACGUUGUCUGUUUGGAAUGGUAUGUAUGAUGAAGAGUGUUCGGGAUGUCUUGCAAUAGUUUAUGAAUUUGUAAAAUCAUUUCUUGUCAAAGUAUAGAAUUUUUUUCUGAUAA